GACCAAGCCGGUCUUGGUCAGGUGACAGGGGCAGAGCACACUUAGCAGAAGACGGAAGCCCAGGGCUAGGCAGCCUCUGACAGAGAAGGUCCCCGGCUUUCCUGGUGACUUGCAGUUCCCCGAAGACCCCCCAGGCUGGCGCGCAUGCGCCCGGGGCUCCUGAUGCUCCUGCAGCCGCUGCUGCUGCUGCUGCUCCUGACGCUGCCAUGCAGGGCCAGGAGAGCCCCUCGCUACGACCCCACGUGGGAGUCUCUGGACAGACGCCCGCUGCCAGCCUGGUUCGACCAGGCCAAGUUCGGCAUCUUCAUCCACUGGGGAGUGUUCUCCGUGCCCAGCUUUGGUAGUGAAUGGUUCUGGUGGUAUUGGCAAAAGGAGAAGAGACUCAAGUUUGUGAACUUUAUGAACAAUAAUUAUCCGCCUGGUUUUAAGUAUGAAGAUUUUGGAGUGCUAUUUACAGCCAAGUAUUUUAAUGCAAACCAGUGGGUAGAUAUUCUCCAGGCUUCUGGUGCCAAAUAUAUGGUCUUAACUUCCAAACAUCACGAAGGCUUUACUCUGUGGGGCUCAGACUAUUCUUGGAACUGGAAUGCAGUUGAUGAGGGGCCGAAGAGGGACAUUGUCAAGGAGCUUGAGGUGGCCGUGAGGAACAGGAGUGACUUGCACUUUGGUCUGUACUAUUCUCUUUUUGAAUGGUUCCACCCACUCUUCCUGGAGGAUAAAUCCAGCUCAUUCCAAAAGCAGCGAUUUCCCAUUUCUAAGACAUUGCCUGAGCUCUAUGAGUUGGUGAACAAGUACCAGCCUGACGUUCUGUGGUCAGACGGAGAUGGGGAUGCACCAGAUCACUACUGGAACAGUACUGGCUUCUUAGCCUGGCUGUACAAUGAAAGCCCAGUUCGGGACACAGUAGUCACCAAUGAUCGAUGGGGAGCUGGUUCUAUCUGCAAACAUGGUGGCUACUAUACUUGCAGUGACCGCUAUAAUCCAGGACAUCUCUUGCCACACAAAUGGGAAAACUGCAUGACAAUAGAUAAGCUUUCCUGGGGCUACAGGCGGGAAGCUGAAAUCGGUGAUUAUUUUACAAUUGAAGAAUUGGUGAAGCAACUUGUGGAAACAGUUGCAUGUGGAGGAAAUCUUCUGAUGAAUAUUGGUCCCACCGUAGAUGGCAUCAUUCCUGUCAUUUUUGAGGAGCGAUUAAGGCAAAUGGGAACCUGGCUGAAAGUCAACGGGGAAGCUAUUUAUGGAACCCACAGUUGGAGGUCUCAGAAUGACACUGUCACUCCUGACGUGUGGUACACAUCUAAGCCUGAGAAGAAAUUAGUCUAUGCUAUUUUUCUUAAAUGGCCCAUCUCAGGAAAGCUGUUUCUUGGGCAACCCAUAGGUAGUUUGGGGGAAACAGAGGUAGAACUACUAGGGCAUGGCCGGCCGCUGACGUGGACAUCUUCAAAGCCAAAUGGCAUCAUAGUGGAGUUGCCUCGGCUAAGUGUUCAUCAGAUGCCCUGUAAAUGGGGAUGGACUCUCGCACUAAGUAAUGUGAUUUAACCUGCAGCCGAGAGACAUGUGCUACAGAGAAGCUAGAAACGGAUGAUGCUCAGCUCUGAAUUUUCUCCCAACUCCUAGUCUUCUACUGAAGCCCUAAUACCCUACAUGGCUGUAUUUGGAAACAGAGCCCUUGAGAUGAUUAAGAUUAAACCGUCAUGGAACUAGCCCUAAUUCCAGAGGAUUUGGUGUCUUGGAAGGGAGAGACAAUAAAGAUGCAAGAGCACAGGGGAAAGCCAUGUAAAGGAGGCAUUCGUCGGCAAGCCAAGGGGAAGAGUCCAGAAGAAACUGCAUCAUGCAGAAGAAACACCCUCAUCAUGGACUUCUGUCCUCCAGGUCUGUGAGGAAACGUAACUUACAGUUGUUGAAGCCAUCCAGAAUGUGUUUGGUCUCCCUCAUACCCACAUCACUCUUUUAUUAAAUCCUCAUAUGUAAUGCA